AUGAUACCCUUACUACACAGCCACCUCAAUUCCUCCUCGCAAUCACGCACACGCUACUGGCUCCUUGUUCUGGGAUUACUAUUGCAGGUACAUGUACCGCUGGUUGCGGGGGAUGAUAACUCUAAUUGCUCCUCUACUUCAACGAUAUCCUCCCAAUCUGAUGCGGACUCGCUCUCCUCGUGCGAUACCCUCUCCGGUACCCUGACUAUCUCCUCCUCUGCGACGGGCAGUAUCUCCCUCUCCAAUGUCGAGACUAUCAAUGGCGGCAUCACCAUCCAGGAUGUAUCCGGGUUGACGUCGUUCUCGGCGUCGGAUCUACAGAAAGUGAAUGGGAAGAUCUAUAUCUCGGGGAAUGACGACUUGACGAAUUUGUCGUUUCCGGAUUUGGAAAAAGUCCCCGGGGAGAUUGAUAUCGAGGGGAACAAGGAGUUGAGGGACAUUGUAUUCCAAGAUUUGAAGAACGUCGAUGGGAGUUUAAUUCUGGAGGGGACAUUCAACGAGUGGGUCCUCCGUUUCCUUUUCUUUGUGAGGGAUAUUCUUUUGACGAUGGGCAGGAUCAAAUUCGGCGAUCUCGAUAAGGUCAAAGGACAAACGGUGAUUCAUUCCCAUGGCGGGUCGUUUCGAUGCUCGAGUCUCAAUUCUCUUCGUGAUGACGACGAUGACGACGAUAACAAUACCCGCCGUCGCCGCGACAACAACAACAACAACGGCGCCUUUCAAGGAUCUUACACCUGCACCGACGGUUCCAGCAGCGGACUCAGUGCCGGCGCCAAAGCCGGUAUCGCCAUUGCCGUGAUCGUACUCGUCCUUCUCAUCCUUGUUGGUUUGUGGAUGAUGUAUCGGAAACAGCGGAAGCGGCGCAGAAGACGGAAUGAUGAUCAGAGCCAAAUGAUGUAUACGCCUGUCGGGGUCGGCCUUCGGGGCGGCGGUGGUAGUAGUAAUCGAGACGAGGAGUCGGCAGCUGGUGAUGAGAAGCCUGUUACCGGAGUCCCGAAUCCCGCCGUACUUAGGCAGAAUAGCGACCCUGUUAUUGCGGCUAGUGCCAUUCCCCGGAAACCGAUAUCGCCGCCACCGCCAUCGAACGAGAUGAACAGGGAAUCUAUGGUGUCCAUGUCGACGUCUCCGCCCCUCCCUGCUGCGUUGGUCCCAGGAGAUCGCUCGUCGGCGUCGCCGCCGAAUGACGCGGAUGGACGAUCACUGUUCCUGCAUCCGAUUCCCCGGAGGCGACCGUCGGAGACGGAUGUGCCGUUGCUGGAUAGUGGUGACGUGCAUGAGGCGCCCGGAAGUCCAGUACAACGGCCAAUGUUUGAGCUAGAUGCAGGGCCCGUGCGAGGAACGCAUCAGCAACCGAUUAACCAUGAGUAG